UCCGCUUCCGGCCACGCCCCCCGCCCCACGCGCUGCCCACCGGUUCCAUUGAGUAGUUCCCGCGCGCGGGAAGCGCUCGCGCCGCUCGCGGCGGCCGCCGAUUGGCUGAGAGGAGAGGAGGGGGGGCGCUGAGGUACGGCGGGCGCUGAUUGGUUGCGAGAGCGGGAGGCGGGACUAACCGGGAGAGCGGCGGGCGCUGAUUGGUUAAACGGGGGCGCGGCCUAAGCCGGAAAGGGGCGUGGUCUCGGUGAUGCCGAAGCGCGGGAAGAAGGAGGAGGCGGCGAAGGACGGAGAGGGGGUGCCCCCCAAGGUGCCCAAGGCCUCCCCCGCCCCCCAGUAUGAGGACCCCCCGCUCCGGGAGGAGACCCCCGGGGGGCGGCGCUGGACCCUCAAGGUGACCUCGUGGAACGUCGACGGGCUGAGGGCCUGGGUCAAGAAAGGGGGGGCCCAGUGGGUGCAGGAGGAGGCCCCGGACGUUCUGUGCCUGCAGGAGACGAAAUGUGCGGGUCCCUCCGUGCCCCCCGAGGUCCGGGGGCUGCCGGGGCUGCCCCACCAGUUCUGGGCCAGCGCCGAGGGGAAACCGGGAUACAGCGGGGUGGGGCUGCUGGCCAAGACUGAGCCCCUCAAGGUCACCUACGGCAUAGGAGCCCCCGAGCACGACUCGGAGGGCCGAGUGAUCACGGCCGAGUUCCCGUCCCUCUUCGUGGUCAGCGCCUACGUGCCCAACGCCGGGCGGGGCCUGGUGCGCCUGGAGCCGCGGCUGCGCUGGGACUCGGCCUUCCUGGAGUUCCUGCGGGGCCUGGACGCCCAGAAGCCCGUCCUGCUCUGUGGGGACCUCAACGUGGCGCACCAGGAGAUCGACCUGUGCCACCCCGGCUCCAACCGCGCCAGCGCCGGCUUCACGCCGCAGGAGCGCGAGGGCUUCUCGCGCCUGCUGGGCGCCGGCUUCGUCGACUCCUUCCGCCGCCUGUACCCCGAGGCGCGCGGCGCCUACACCUUCUGGACCUACCUGGGCGGCGCCCGCGCCCGCAACGUGGGCUGGAGGCUCGACUACUUCGUGCUGUCCCGGCGCCUGGCGGACGACGCCCUGUGCGACAGCAAGAUCCGCAGCGCCGUGCCCGGGAGUGACCACUGCCCCAUCACCGCUUACCUGGCCAUGUAGGGCAGUGACCACCUACCUGGCCAUGUAGGGCAGUGACCACUGCCCCAUCACCGCCUACCUGGCCAUGUAGGGCAGUGACCACUGCCCCAUCACCGCUUACCUGGCCAUGUAGGGCAGUGACCGCUGCCCCAUCACCGCCUACCUGGCCAUGUAGGGCAUGACCACUGCCCCAUCACCGCCUACCUGGCCAUGUAGGGCAUGACCACCGCCCCAUCACCACCUACCUGGCCAUGUAGGGCAGUGACCACUGCCCCAUCACGGCCUACCUGGCCAUGUAGGGCAUGACCACUGCCCCAUCACCACCUACCUGGCCAUGUAGGGCCGUGCCCGGGAGUGACCACUGCCCCAUCACUGCAUACCUGGCCAUGUAGGGCAGUGACCACUGCCCCAUCACUGCAUACCUGGCCAUGUAGAGCCAUGUAGGGCAGCCACCACUGCCCCAUCACGGCCUACCUGGCCAUGCAGGGCCGGCGCCAGGGCCGGGAGCGGGGCAGGGAGGGCUCCAAGGGGGGAGAAAGGCGGCUUAGACGGCACCAGAUCAGCUCCAAACGGCCCCAAAGUGGCUUAAAUGGCACCGGAUUGGCUCCAAACAUUGAUAAAUUGGCUCCAAAUGGCCCCAAGUUGGCUUAAGCAGCACCAGAUUGGCCCCAAACAGCACCAGAUUGGCUCA